AUGAAAAGCGUGGGUAUUUGGGGUACGGGUGGUAUUGGUAAGACCACCCUUGCUGAAGCUAUAUACCACCAAUACUUUCUUCAAUUUGAAGCUUGUUCAUUUCUUGCAAAUGUUAGAGAAAAAGCAGAGAAAUAUGGUCGAGAUCGCUUGAAGAAUAAACUUCUUUGUGACUUGUUAAAGCAAGACAAUCUAUGUAUCGGAAAUCCAUCUAUAGAAUCCACUUUGGUUAGAACGAGGCUAUCCCGUACAAAGGUCCUCGUUGUUUUGGAUGAUGUGAGUGAUUUGAUGCAAUUAAAGUUGUUAGUCGGUGAUCCAGUUCAGUUUGGCCCUGGAAGUAGAAUCAUUAUAACAACUAGAGAUAGGGAUGUUUUGAAGGAAUUGGUGGAAGAUGAUCAUACAUAUGAGGUGAAAGGGUUAGAAACUGAUGAAUCUAUUCACCUCUUCCGAUCAAUUGCUUUUAAAGAUAACUCAUUUAGUAAUAUGGAUUACUUAGACUUGUCGAGAGAGGUGGUUGGUUAUGCUCAAGGCAUCCCAUUAUCUCUUAGAGUUUUGGGUUCCUUAUUCCGUGACUGCGACAGCUGGAAAAAGGAAUUGCAAAAACUGAAAAAGUUUCGGAACAAAAAUAUUGAGGAUGUGCUGAGACUAAGUUAUGAUUGCUUAAAAGAAAAUGAGAAGAACAUAUUUCUUGAUAUUGCAUGUUUUAUGAAAGGGGAAAAGAGAUGUGACGCAGAAAGAGUGUUACAAAUGCAUGGCCUACUCGAUGCGGCGCGGGGAAUUGAUAAUCUCAUCGAUACGUCUCUCAUAUCAAUUUCGAUGGAUGAUUGCUUAGAGAUUCACGAUCUGGUAGAAGAAAUGGGCCAGUCCAUUGCUCAAGUACAUUUUCCCCCUUGGCAAAGGAUAAGGCUGUGGAAAUUUGAAGAUGUGCGUCGUGUUAUAGGUCCUUCAACAGUCGAAGCCUUAUUUCUUGACAUUUCUAAGAUUCCAAGGCGACAGUUGAUCGGGUACACGUACGAACUCUUCAGGCAUAUGCCUAAGCUACGGUCGCUAAAAUUUUAUGUGCCAAUAGAAUCAUAUGAUUUAUGUGGGCAAAAGAAAAGAAUGGAUUUGAGCAGAUGGAAGGAACUUUUGGACGUAAAUGAUUUGAAGGAGUACAGCACAAUGCACAGGUGCAUUAUCGGAGGUCUCGAGUCUCUUCCUGAAAACCUCAGCUAUCUCUACUGGGAUGGAUACCCUUAUAAAUAUUUACCAUCAAAAUCUCCAUACAAUCUCGUUGAGCUUCAUAUGCCCCAUAGCAAAGUUAAGAAAUUACUUUGGACAAAUGGCCAGACUCCUAGAAACUUGAAAGUUAUCAAUCUUAGAGAUUCCAGAAACCUGACUGAAGUCCCAGAUCUGUCUCACAGUCCAAGUAUCGAGAGAAUAGAUCUUAGUGGUUGUAGCAGAUUUCGUAACCUGAACUAUUGUGACGGUGACCGAAAUCGAAUUUUGCUCAAAGAAUUACUAAUGUCUUGGUGCACGAAACUUGGUUCUGUCCCAGAUAUCAUCUGCAAUAUGAAUUGUCUUGAAACUCUCGAUCUUAGAGGUUGUCGGAAACUCAAAAGGUUGCCUCCCUUUUCAGUGGGGCAUUAUUUCUGCUCUUUGAGGCGACUGAACCUGAGUUGGUGCAAUAAGUUAGAGAUCCCUGAUGGUCUCAUUUGCUUAUCUUCCUUACAAGAGAUAGGUCUAAGUGGAACUAUGAUUAAGAGCAUACCUGCAAGCAUCAAAAACGCUUUUAAGCUGCGCAAACUACUGUUAAACUACUGCAAGAAGCUUCAAUCUUUACCCGAGCUCCCGUCGCUGCUCGAAAUUUUGGAGGCAGAUGGUUGCACAUCACUGAAGACCGUGGCAACUUCAAGUAAUGCACCCAUUCAAGAUGGAGCUCCAGAUUGUAAUCCUCGAGAGAAACUGAUGUUUACCAAGUCUUUAGAUCAGAGUCGCAAGAUUGAGCUGCUUGAAUAUUUGCAACAUGCAAAAAAAGCAUCAAGUGCCCAUACUAAAAGUGAUCAUGGUGUUCCAAAGCUGAUCCAACAUAGUGCUCCUUGGCUUGGAGAGAGACACAUAUUUACUAAUUGCUUCAAGUUGGAUGAAAGCUCCAGGAACAACAUAACAGACGAUGCACAGCUUAGAAUUAUGCGAAUUGCCUCCUCCAAACGUGAGUAUGGAACUGUAUUUGCUACUUGUCCGGGAAAUGAUAUUCCUGGAUGGUUUAGCUAUCAAGAGGAGGGGUGUUCAAUAACUAUCAAAAUUCCUCAGACUGAUGAUGAGAACUUUUCGGGUUUCGCCAUAUCCGCCGUUUUUGCAUCCCAGAAUCAGGGAUGGGACAACUUAUUUCGGUUGAAAUGUGACUGCAACUUCAAAACCGACGAUGGAAAAGGCUAUGAAUUCAAGUUUGAAUCCCCAUUGGUUAUAAGUAUGGAGAAUCCGCCUAGUUCUGUAAAUGUAGAGGAUAAGGAUAACGUGUUGGUCUUGUUUCAAAAAGACAUGUUUUGCGGUAUCCCUAAUAUUCCUUUGGACAAGAUCACUGAGGCGUCGUUUAGCUUCUCCCCAGAGUACUGCUACGAUGACGAUGAUCAAGAAAAGGAGGUGUGUAGUGUGAAGGUCAAGAAGUGUGGGAUCCAAAUCUUGUAUGCGUUGUGA